GGGCGGUGUGUCCCUCUGCUUGUCGGGGCUGCUUGUCUGGAGCUUUGCGGCCUAGUCGGCGUGACCGACCCUGGGGCGCCAUGGGGGGCGGCGGCAGCGCACCCCGCAGAGUCACCUUCGAGGCCGACGAGAACGACAACAUCACCGUGGUGAAGGGCGUCCGGCUAUCUGAGAAUGUUAUAGAGCGUAUGAAGGAGCCUUCUUCACCUGGCAGAAAGUCCCAGCCGAAAUCUGGUUCUGGUGGUGGUAGCUCAGUCGGGGGUACAUCAGCGAAUGAAGAAGACCUGAAGAAAAGAAUAGCCGAAGAGUUGGCAAUAGAACAAGCCAGGAGAGAUGCUGAAGCUCAAAAAAGUAGAUUAAAACAAAACCAGGCAUAUGUGCGAGAUGAGAUCGGCAAAGUUCUUGAACGAGAGAGGACUGCCUCGAACGAGCAUUUGGCCAGAGCAAUUUUUAGAGAAAGAGCUGCGACCGAAGAAGAACAUCUGAAAGCCCAGCUCUUGGCCAAGCAGCUGGAAGAGAAAGAGAGGGAGCUGAAGAAGCAUGAUGCGUACUACAAAGAGCAGCUGGCUCGACUGGAAGAGAGGAGCUCUCAGUUCUACAAAGUCACCACCGAGCAAUACCAAAAAGCCAUCGACGAGGUGAACGCCAGAUUCAAGCGGUAUGAGUCCAGUCCAGUGUGCGCUGACCUGCAGAGCAAAAUCCUCCAGUGCUAUCAGGAGAAUUCUCAGCAGACGCUCAGCUGCUCAGCCCUGGCCAGCCAGUACUUAAAGUGUGUCAACCAUGCACGGCAGAGCAUGGCUGGCCGAGGAGGAUAAAGGCCCAUCCACAUCACUCGUCAAUCUAUCGACUCCAGUUCCAGCAGCAGAAGGGGGUGUUUUGUUUAAGAGCAAUCCAACAGGCCAUUCAGAGGGGCAGGCAGAGAGAGAGAGAGCAAAUCCAGAAGGGCCGCAUCAAGACCAGUGGACAUCUCGGUUCAAUCCAUGUGGCCAAGACCUGUAUCUCAUUACUCUAGAAACUGGACGUUUGAAGGCAGCUCGUAAAACCCACUUGUCGGCGAUUGAAAGAAGGCACAGAAGAAACUUCUGCUGACCAUAAGAGGGGGAGAAAUACCCUCUCCCAAUCCUGCUCUUUUCACUGCAGAGCCUGCUCCCACUGCCAUACCUUUCUCUGGGUCCACCUUGAGCCCCUGCUGCGUUCUUCCAAUUAUCAUGUUUCUCUUUGCCUAACCAUGAAGCUGUUGGUUUUAUUUAUUGCUAGAGUCAUGUCGGAGGAGAGGUGAUCGGUCCCCCCCCACACACACUGCUGGAAUCAUGUUUCUAAAACCUCUGUUGCAUGGGAGUUUGUUGAUUGCAAAUUAUGCUUCUCAUAAGGUAUUUCAUGACAUUGUGAUGUCAAACUGGAAACAGGGCGUACUAUCUCUUCUUCUCAGUACCAGU